UGGCCGUGCGGUUUUGGUUUUGUCGGAGCCGAGGCGCUGCGUGAAAAUGCUCUCGGCUUAAGAGAUGGUUUCUGUUGUAAAUAACGCGGCAUGUGGACACUUCUCCGGGCUUUUAUUCCUCUGUUAAAGCCUCGGAGUGCGGUUCUGCGAGUUUGGAGCGCCGGGGGAACUUUUGACGCGCUCACAAAACAGAUUUGCUGAAGGCUUCACAUCCCCCCGAGCUCAAGCACAGGACGCUUUUAGCUUUAGCCUAGCCUAGCCUAGCAUGAGGAUCAGGGCUUUGCAGGUUUCUCACUCUGACCCCAGUCUUCCCCAGCUGAGCGCGUUUCCUCACCUCGGAGACUAAAUGCACCUGGACCCGGGGGCUUGUGGGCAUGAAGUGGCUGGGCGAAUCCAAGAACAUGGUCUUAAAUGGCAGACGACACGGGGCCAAGUUGACCAGCGAGACGCCCGCCAGCCGCUCCCAGACACAGAAGAGCUCCCUACGCCACAGCAAGGCUCUGCAGCGGAGCCGGAGAUGUAGCCGGAGGUUCACUGCAUCCAGCCUGGAGUCGGAGCGGCGGUAUGUGCCCUCCUCAGGGAUGACCGCCAAAGAGCUGUGUGAGAACGAUGACCUCACCACCAGCCUCAUCCUGGACCCGUACCUGGGCUUUCAGACCCACAAAAUGAACACCAGGUUUCGUCCGGUUAAAGGGAGACAAGAGGAGUUGAAGGAAAUCAUCGAGCGCUUCAAAAAACACGACAACUUGGAGAAAGCGUUCAGAGCUCUGACGUCCGGAGACUGGGCCAGAAACCUGUUCCUCCAUAAAACCAAGGCUCAAGAAAAACUCUUCAAACAACAUGUUUUUGUCUACUUGCGAAUGUUUGCCCAGGACAGCGGCUUUGAGAUCCUGCCCUGUAACAGAUACUCGUCGGAGCAAAACGGAGCCAAAAUCGUGGCAACUAAAGAAUGGAAGAGGAAUGAUAAGAUGGAGUACCUGGUGGGCUGUAUCGCGGAGCUGUCCGAGAGCGAGGAGAACCAGCUGCUCAGACACGGAGAGAACGACUUCAGUGUGAUGUACUCCACCAGGAAGAACUGCGCCCAGCUGUGGCUCGGGCCGGCAGCUUUCAUCAACCACGACUGCCGGCCAAACUGCAAGUUUGUGUCGACAGGUCGGGACACAGCCUGCGUGAAGGUCCUGAGGGACAUCGAGCCCGGGGAAGAGAUCUCCUGUUACUACGGCGACGGCUUCUUUGGCGAGAAUAAUGAGUUUUGUGAAUGCUACACGUGCGAGAGGCGUGGCACGGGGGCGUUCAAGUCGAGGGCGGGACUUCCUGUGGAGGUGCCGGUCAUCAACAGUAAGUACGGUCUGCGGGAGACGGACAAACGGCUGAACCGACUGAAGAAGCUCGGAGAGAAAGGAGCCGGAUCAGACAGUCACUCUGUGGGCUCACACACGGACGCAGAGACUCAGGAAAACACCAACACGCACACAGCUGCCAGAAAAAGGACAUCAUCUUCAUCUGGUCUGAAAUACAAAAACAGGACUCAAACCAGAUCCCUUUCUACCUCAUGUUCCAAACAAGGUCGAGUCACCAAUAACAGGGUACCAAAGAGACUGAAGUCGUCCCAGCCCCGGCCCUCCCUCAGCCGACUGACGCUGAGGAGCCGGAGGAGGGACUCUCGAGCGCUCAGGGACGCUAAAGCAACCACGCAAUGUAAGAACGUGUCUGUCAAAAAGGAAAAGCACGAAUCACAGGAAAUCACGCCGCAGACUCCGGGCUCACGGGGGUGCAUCACGAGACACGCUGCGAAGGAAAACGGCAGCCUACAAAACAGCGAGGGCAGCGCCACCUAUAGAACUCGGAGAUCAACUCGAACCAUUAAAAAUCAGGAAGGUAAGGAGGAUAGUUUGGACGGUGCUAGCUCUGUUCCCGGCGGAGUUGUGAUUAAAACCGAACCGGCCGACAUGGAGGAGUACUUGCACCACCAGCAGGGGGCGAGCUUGCCCACGGUCAGCACAGGGUAUAGUCGUAAUAGGUGUACGCGGCAGAAACGUGUGGGUUUGCUGAGGUCGGAGCGGACGAUAAAAUGCGAAAACUACGCAGAGACGAUAAUGCCGCUGACGGGGAGUAACGCCAGCUUUUCGGAUUGUGAUAGUAAUAAUGUUUUGCUAAGCUACGCGGACGCACAUCGGGAUUAUAACGGAAUGUCCAAAUCGAUCCGAAGGGACAAGAGGAAGUCCAGUUCUCCGGAUAAAACCAAGAAGAAGCGGAGGAUCACGCGCUACGACGCUCAGCUCAUUCUGGAAAACAGCACGGGGCUACCCAAGCUAACGCUACGCAGGAGGAGGGACAGCAACAGCAGCAAAACGAACGAACCCAAAGAGGCUAGCUCCGCCUCCUCCUCCUCUUCCAGUAAAAUCAGCAUCAAACUGAGCAAGGACCGCGACAACAAGGACAAAGGCAGCUCUUACGUGUCCAGACUCAAUAACGGAUACGCUCCGGUGGUGCACAGUAACUCUACGAAGCUAAAAAUCCAGCUGAAAGGAGCGGACGAUGCGCGGAGGGCGGCUCACACCACCAAACCCGACCAAAUGCCCUUUAACGGGGACAUUUCUCAGAGUGUGGAGUCGCGAAACGGAGCACAUCGCCCCCCGAAGGUGAUGGGGGAACCUUCAUCAGACGAAGACAACGCGGAUGAGGAGGAGGAUUAUUUUGACACAGAGUUCGAGGACGACUUCAUUCCACUUCCUCCUGCGAAACGGCUCCGUCUGAUCGUGGGCAAAGACUCCAUGACCAUAGAUAUCUCCUCCACGAGGAGAGAAGAGCAGUCCCUGAGGCUCAAUGCAUAAGCUCACCGCAAACCCACAACGCCUACACGAACGAAAGUGACUUCAACUCACAAUAUUACACUUUAUUUCUCUAGUUUUGACCUGUUAAAGAUGCACUGCGUAACUUUUCUGAUAAAGGGAUCGCCUACUACCUUGUCCCAUGGCUAAAAUGUCCCACAGUGUAGCUUUAAACUUAUAUCUCCAGCUUACAUUUAUUCAAUUACACUUUUUAUUGCUCAAAAACAUCUUGAAAAACAUACACUCUUAUUGCAUCCGGGCUCGCCUCUCCACAGAUCUGGCCUUGACCUGACAGCUGCUUGUAUCCAUGGAAACACAUCAAUUUAAUGCUACACUCUGAAACAUUCUUAACACAGUAGUAAUGGUCUCCCUGUCUCCAUGGAGGCAAAUAAGUCGCCUGAAAAGUUCCACAGUGCAACUUUAACAUGUAUUUACUUAUUAUGCCCAGAUUAUUUAAACGUUUUUUUUGAGAAGCAGAUCUAAACCAGGUCUAGAACAGGAUUAAACCAGGUCUAGAGCGGGACUAAACCUGGACUAAACCAGGUCUGAACCAGGUCUAAAAUAGGUCUUCUUUUGAGUAGUUUUGAUUUAUUGAGUUGAAUUUAUUUAUUGAUCCCAGGGCGUGUGAGUUUAAGAUAUUUCCCACGAAUUUGGUUUUGUUUGUGCGUUUUUGUUUUUGUUUUUUAAUUCCUCUGAUGGAUUUUGCUUGAAUUUAAACUUUUGAAAAUACCCUGAAAUAUCUUAAAAUAGUUCUAAGUAAAUAAAAUCAAAACUAGUCCAAUUUCAAUUUGGAGUUACUGAACUAGAGUAUCAUUGAUCAUUGAGCGAGUACUUGUAAAGUUAUUUUUUAUUUUAUUUUUUUAUUACCCAGCACUUUAUCAAACUUAUGUGAUUAUUUUGAAGAUUUGUCUCUAAUUUCUUUUUCUGAGCUAAAAUAUUUGUUAUUGAGGUUAGAUUUCAAAGGUGCGUUGUGUCUCUUUUCUGGUGGAGGGUACGUCACCUGCUUCCUUUCCUGCUCGUUUCCAUGGAGAUGUCAUUGUGAGGCCUGGAAUGUUCCGCAGUAUGACUUUAAACAACUCUACAUUUAUUCAAUUACAUUUGGUUUUAUAUCUCAAAAAUACAGACAAAAACACGUAUUCUGGCUGUGAGCGGGGUCGCCUCUCCACAGAUCUGACCCGUAACUUGGUUUGUUUUUUUCUCCAUAAAUACAGAAAGUUUUAAAGCCAUACUGUGGAACAUUCCAGACAAAGCAACAACAUAGGAAGACUCAGAAACGCAUCUGACGAACCCAAAACCAGAAAAGUUACACAAUGCAUCUUUUAAUCUUUUCUUAUUGUGAAUAAACAGAUAAUUAAGUUUUGCUAGAAUUACAAAAAUGUCGAAAAUAGUCUUGAUUUAUCCACAAAAAUCACUUUUAUAUGUCUAAAAAUGAAUUAAAUAAAGAAUAUUAAAUAUUGAGUCCAAAUUAAAUUAAAUCACCAGCAGACAGUUUGCUUUAUAAUAAGAAAAAUCUAUAUUAAAACCUGUUCAAAAUGUAUAAAAUGAAUUAAAAUAUAAGUAUACUAAAGGUGCAUUGUGUAACUUUUCUGGUGGAGGGUCCGUCAAAUGCUUUUCUCCAUGGAGAUGUUAUCGCCGUACCUAAAAAAAAUUCCGCAAUACGGCAUUCAAGUUCCAUAUUUUGCAAUUAUUCAGAUGAAAAUGUGGUUUUAUAACGCAAAAAUACCUCGAUAAAUGUCUUUAAACUCUUAAAAUUCUUACUCUGACCUGUAACUAACUUGGCCUCUCCAUGGCAACCAGCAUGGGAAAGACUCUCAACCAGAAAAGUUACACAAUGCGCCUUUAAGUAAACCAGAACGAGCCAACGCCGUUAAAAUCGACUUGGGUGUUUUUGAGUUGAAGUCACUGGACGUCGUGGGGCCGUUCCCGUUUGUGGUGCUUCCUGUGUUUUUUCUGUAAAUAAAGAUCACUCGCUAAUCAACUGUUGUGUUGAUGUAAAAGAAGUAAUUUAAAAACAAAAUGGCUUCCUGGAAAAAUCAUUGUUACUAAAGGGAGAGGUUGACUUGAAAAAAAUUCGUUUAAAACACUUUUGUAUUUUGUAAUCUGAAGGUUCGUUUGGGAUAUUUUGCGAGUUUCGGCGAGUUCACGUUUCGCAUUUUGACCAAGAUUAUUUUCUAUAAUAUUUUAAGGUUUAUAAGUGGAAAGGAGCAAGCACUAAAUGAUGUUAUGUGUAUGAAUUUAAAUUAUUAUUAAAGGUGUACUGUGUGACUUUUCUCGAGGAGGGUACGUCGCCUGGAAACGAUGCACUUUGCCUAAAACGUUACACAGUAUGGCAGAAAACUUC